AACAUCCUUCUGCAUUGUGAGGCGAAAAAUCAGUAUAAAGUUAUAAUAAAGGCAGCUUUUGUUUUGAAAGUCUCCACCGGAAGUCUCUUUACCUCCGUUACCCUGACAGUGACGAGUAGCCGCGAGGAGGCGUAAACAGGAACAAACUGGGAAAACUCUCCGGAGUUCGGUCGUUAUACCCGAACGCACCUCUCGUACCGAUGACUGGACCUUGCACUCUACUUUCCACCGUAGCCGAGGUGCGUGGACGGUCUCGGGAAACUCUGUGGUUGUUCCGGUUCUGACACAGCCCGAGAGGCGGGGGGGCAGAUAAACUAAGCUAAGCUAACAGCUUCUUACUGGAGCAGCGGGAAGGCUAAGCUAAGCUAAGCUAAGCGCUUCUGUUUACUGGACCUUGAACUUGCGCAAACUUUUAUAAAAGCGGUAGCAGUUUGAUUUGUGAAGCAGAUCAAAUUAACGUUAAUAUCUCUUUGUUGUUUUUUGUUGGAGUAGCAGGCUGUGCCAGCAGGUUUGUUAACGGCAGAAUAACGCUUUGUUCUGCUCAGUUGGAGCGCGGAUUCACCCAGUAUCACCGCUUGUGAGCUCUGCUGGGCUCACUGGUCUCAGAAAGUCUUCCACUCGUUGUGGUGGUGCUUUCUGGAAGAGGGUUGUUAGCAUGGGGGCUGCGGAGCCUGGCCGCGGCAACUUGGAGCGCUUACAUAACACCUGCAUGUCGGCAACGAAGCUUCCGACCGUCGUCUCCUCCUCCUCCUCCUCCUCCUCUUCCUCAGCUCGACUGUGACAGCUCUGCACACAAACAGAUUCCCAAAAACAAAAGCGGCAACGCAACACGAAGAAGACGGCAGCAGCAUGGAGGAGGUGUGAGCUUGCUGGGAGGCAGGAAGCUGAAUCCCGCACAGAAGAUGGAGUCCAACCCGCUGAUUAACGCCUUGGACCCAUCCAUCACACUGUGGCAGUUCCUGCUUCACCUCCUGGAGGACCAGCAGCAGCGUCACCUGAUCUCCUGGACCGGUGAGGACGGAGAGUUCAAGCUGCUGGACGCCGAGGAGGUCGCUCGACUCUGGGGGCUCCGCAAGAACAAGCACAACAUGAACUACGAUAAGCUGAGCCGGGCGCUCCGAUACUACUAUGACAAGAACAUCAUUAAGAAGGUCAGUGGUCAGAAGUUUGUCUACAAGUUUGUCAGUCAACCCGACCCCUCCCUGCCUGAUGGGGUCCGCAGCGCUGAGGAGGGCCAAAAGAAAGACUCAUGUGACCCAAACAGCCAACUGAAAGGUCUGGGGGGUGUGGCUUCAGUCUGCCAAUCAAAGGGCUUACCCCAGCGCUCGUCACCCAGCAGUACCCAGAAAAGCUCCAGAAAUGACUACAUGAAAUCUGGACUCUACUCCACCUUCACCAUCCAAUCUCUGCAGACCCCAUCCAACCCUCGACCAAUCAAAUCCGAGCUCCUGUUGCAACAAGAAUCCGCCCCUAAGGCUGACCGUGUCUCCAGAGAGGUCUGCUUGUUGCCAGAGAAUAAAACAUCUCCAUCAGUUGGUGGCGCUGUUGACUCUUCUCUUCAGGUGAUUGUCACCCAGACGUCUCCCUGCUCCACUCCGGCUCUAAGCCCGCAGAUCGCAGCCAACCCCGGCAGCCAACCCCAGAACCCCGAUGGGGCCAAUUUGAGCGACCCUCCGCAGAUUUACCUCACCAAUGUCGGUGACCCAUCCUCCCUAACUCCCCUCCUUUCCCUGGCUCCUGUUGGGGGGGGGGCAGGAAGUUCUGUUCCCGCUCCCCUUGCUUCUGUGGCGCCCCAGCAGGAAGACUGUGGGGGAGUCACCAACUCCAGCACCCCUCAUCCCCAGGCUGGGCCUCCCCCCACUCCUGUGUUUGUCAUCAUCAACCCGUCCCCCCCUCAGCAGCAGCAACAGGCACCUCCCUCCGUUCAAGCUUCCCCUGCUGCACGCCCUCCUCCCCCCAUUGUCAUCAAGGAGGAGAACCUCCCAUCACAGGAGGAGCUGCUGGAGAUGGUGACUCUGGAAAGGAAGCAGGCAGAGGAGGUUCCUCAACUAGUCUGUGGCUCAGCAGAACCAGAACCCCACCUCGCCAUAGUGGAGAGCCCACCCCCUACAGGGGCGGAUGUUCAACGGGACAGAGGAGGUGGGGAGGCCAAGGAUUCUCCAGCAGAACCCUCCGUCUCUCCGGCGACGUCCUCCUCGGCGGUGACCUCGCCGUCCGGUGCCGUUCCUCCCAAACCGAAGAAGCCGCGGAUCCUGGAGCUGCCGUCCUCCCCCUCUCUCCCCCCAGGCCUUUCUCUGGAUAAGGUGAACGCAGCUGUGAAUAGUUUGCUGGCUCCGGGCUCUGCCACCAACACGCUGACGCCGACUGUCAUCACCUCCCACGCUCUGCGGGUUACGGUGAAACAGAAGUGGAACAGAACAAUAACUCUGGUCAGGGUCAGGACAAAGUCCAGCUGGUGUAGAUGCUCAGAUUUCCUGAAAAGCUGUUGGAGUCCAGACUCCCGUCCUGUUGACUCCCAGCGCUCUGCCCUCUACCAUCCACUUCUGGAGCACGCUCAGUCCCAUCGCACCGCGCUCGCCAGCCAAGUUGUCCUUCCAGUUUCCAGCUAAUGGCAGUAACCAGAUCCACAUCCCGGCGCUGAGCGUGGAUGGACUCUCUACCCCUGUGGUUCUCUCCCCGGGCCCCCAGAAGCCCUGAGCCUGUCUCCUGCAGCUCCUCGCUGGGCCCAGUCUGAUCUGAAGAGAGUCCCUUCUCUCCUGGAGGACCAGAGUAGAGCUGGAUGUGGACCGAAUCAUAAGGUGUUUACCUUAUGAUUACUUUACAGCGCCACCUGCUGGAGAUUCAGAUGAUGAGAUCUCCACGCAGAUAUCAGGUGGAUGCCCUUCAUCCUCAUUUAACCCGCCCCCUCGUCUUUGUCUGAGGUUUUUAGCAACGCUUAGUGAUGAGCAAAGUUGGGAAAUACGGGGAUCUUCUGGACUUAAAGCAUCCGGAACCAAAAACUGAAGACAGAUGGAGGUUAACUAACUUUAACCCUGAGGAUUAUCUUCGCUGUAACCAUGGCAACGAUUAUCAGAGCUGAAACUGGAAACAUGAGCUGAUUAAGAAGAAAGGGUCGGAGCAGCUGGAUGUUUUUCUAUUAAAGACACUGAAAUCCGCAGGUUUACAAAGUUUUUAAACGGUUUAUUUCAGUUUCUGGAUGUUCUCCCGUUUUUGCCAAGCUGGCUCCAACAAACAUUUCUGAUCCCAACUUCUGUCGGAUUACAGUCAUUUAAGAGAUUUUACUUGGUUCUCAUUGGCCAGGUUUAAGGCCACGCCUUCCUUCGCACUUGUCUUUGAUCUGAGCUGACCAAUCGGAGAGGAUGUUCUCUUUGUAAAUGACAAAUGGAUCAUUUUGUCGUCCUCUGUAGGAGGCGCUCACAUUCCUCUGCCUGUUUGUUUCUUGUUAUGGGCUGGUUUUUAUUCCACAUCUGCAGCAGAUCCUGAUCCUGUAAAUAUUCUUCUGCUUAGAGAGAGUUGAAGCCUGCGAAGAUGUUUCCACGGUUCAGUCAGAGCAGCUGAGCCACGAAUGAUCCAGCGGAUUAUGAAAGCACAACGUCCUGAAGGCUUUGGGAUGAACCUGGUCUGAUCGUCAUGGUAACGUGUUGAUCCAUAAUGGAUUUCAGUCUUUAAAAUUGACCUUUUGAAUUAAGAAGCUGGUUUAAAACCUGAACCCACGUUUAGCUGCUCAGGUCCAACUGGAAGCUGCAGUCUGGACCGUUACACAUGAUUGGAUCAGAACCUUAAACCCAGCUGCUGUAGAAUGGACCAUUCUUUCAGUGCUGAUGAUCCGGAUGUUGGUCAGAGAACAUUUGGUGAAUUUUUCUUUCAUUUGUUUUGGUGUCGGAGUUUCAGUCUGGGAUGCUGUUAUACACGUCGGGAACAUUGGACCUUCUCUGUCCUGAGUCCUUUUACAGAAGGUUGGACCUCACUGAGGAACCACCAACCCGGCUGCUCACUCGGACAGCUCUAGUUCAAGCUCAGCGGAUUCAGGAAGUUUGUGAGCUGGAAAAUCUGAUUCCCAGUGGAAAAAAUGACACAUAUUCAAGAAUAUAUAUAUAUUGUUUAUUAAAUCGGAGUAAAAAAUA